UAAAACAGGAAGUAAGUUCAGUUCACUCAGAGAGGAAGAGGCGAAGCAAGAGGGGUAACUUAGCCCAAAAUCUGUUUACUCCGGCAUGCGGUGUUUUUCCGCUCACCAAGCGAUUCGUUUUUGUAUGGAGGUCAAUGAGAGUGUCGAAUUUGGUUAACAAAAAGUUGAAUGCUUUAUUUGCUACAUGUGGCUUAUUUGAUAUAAUCGAAGUUUUGUAAUGCGCGGUUUGUUAGGCGUGUACUGAUAUACGUAGGACAUGUGACAUUCCGGCAACUUUGAGAAAAAACACCUCAUAUCGGAGUUGUGGGUGUUGUUCACUCACGUUUAGCCCUCUCAUUGGCUAGAAUGGUCCCACCUGAUCUUGCCUCCUCUCUGCCUUUUUUUUUAAAUACAUUUAUUUUCAUUGUUAGAGCGGCCACUAGAGUAUCUGGUCAAUAUAAUGGAUAAUUCUUUGGUUCACUCCAUAACUGUGUGGAUAAAUAUGUGGUUCUCUGGUAAUACAGUUACUAUGCAUCAAGAAAGUCUCCUCUGACAUGUAGUCUCUACAAAACAAGAGGUCGUACUGGUGCUUUAGCUUGAUGAAACAGCCGGCUAUGUCUCGACAUAUCCAUAUAGAGGCGUCCGGCGAUGAUGCAGCACGAGUGCCACUUCUCACUAGCCACCUGGAGCUAGCUAGCCUCGACUCGGAUGAAGGUGAAGUUAUUUUUGAGAGGCGUAUUGGAGAUAAUGCAAAUGAUGUUCAGAGAAGUACACAAAGAAAACGAACAUAUGAGGAAGCUGUUGAGGAAGCAGUGUCUGGUCUCUGCGCCCCACCUUCAGGGUUUGGUUUGUUCCAUGGGCUCCUGUUGGUGGUGUGUGGAUGGGCCAAUGCCAGUGAUGCGGUGGAGAUCCUGUGUGUUUCCUUUCUGCUGCCCACGGCCCGCUGUGACCUCCAUCUCAGCUCCUCAGACAUGGGGUUACUGACGGCCAACAUUUUCCUCGGAAUGAUGAUAGGUGGGUACAUGUGGGGUUACCUGGCUGACCAGAGGGGGCGCCAGAAGGUCUUGGUGAUGUCCCUGACAGUGAACGGAGUGUUUGGAGCGCUGGCCAGCUUUGCCCCAAGGUUCUGGCUCUUCCUUCUACUACGGUUCAUCAGCGGUGUAGGGGUGGGAGGUUCAAUCCCGGUCAUCUUCUCCUACUUUUCAGAGUUUCAGCCCCGGCUGAAGAGGGGGGCAAUGAUAAGUGCUCUGGCCACCUUCUGGAUGGCAGGGAAUAUUCUGGCAGCAGGCCUGGCGUGGUUGGUCAUUCCCCGGACCUGGGUCCGCUUUUCUCUGGGUGGGCUGGACUUCCAGAGCUGGAGGCUGUUUGUGGUGCUGUGCUCUGUCCCCAGCCUCACAUCGGCACUCAUCUUCAGUCUGGCCAUGCCUGAGAGCCCCCGGUUCCUCAUGGAGGCUGGCCGUGAGACAGAAGCCCUACGUGUCUUCUGCAGGAUGUUUGCAAUAAACCACAGAGGCAGUCUCAAGACCUUCUCGAUUUGUGGGCUGCAUAUCCCUUCUGAGAAGAAAGAGAGGGAGACUAGGAGAGGUGGAACACACACUCAGCGCUUUGUCAACCUCCUCAAACAGUGCCUGGCACCAAUAAGACAGCUGUUUGUUGGAGAGUUGGCCUCUAGAAGUGUAUGUCUGGUCAUCAUAUUCUACUGCAUCUCAUUUGGAUACUAUGGGCUGUGGAUGUGGUUCCCAGAGCUUUUCAAGAGAGCAGAGGAUGGAGGCUCACCCUGUGCCAAUGUGUCUCGCUUACAAAGCCAUGACAACCAAAGCUGCUACCCAGUCAAAACGGCAGUAUACAUGGAGGGCUUUGUCACUGCAGCCUCAAACCUACCAGGGAACAUCUUCACCGUUCUCCUAAUGGACGUCAUUGGAGGAAAGGCCCUGCUUUGUUGCAGCCUAUUGUUGUCCAGUGUGAGUGUGUUCCUCAUCUACGAGGUGAAGACGAAAGCACAGAGUCUGCUCAUCUCCUGUGUUUUUAGUGGAGUGUCUGUGGUGGCCUGGAAUUCCUUGGACGUGUUGGGCACUGAGCUCUACCCCACCCAGCUACGGUCCUCCGCUCUGGGCUUCUUCACAGGAAUAGGCAGAGUGGCAGCCAUCAUGGGUAACAUAGUCUUUGGCCAGCUGGUGGACACCAACUGUGCGAUACCAGUUCUACUUGUGUCUGCUUUGCUGCUGACAGGGGGGAUCACUGCCUUGCGCCUUCCACGCACUAAACAGGCAGAGCUCACCUGAGGCCUCUGUGAAAUGAAGUCCAGAAGACACACUUUUUUUCCCUGCUCAUAGUCCUCGCCAAGGGUUAUUCCCUGAAUCUAGUCUACCUAGAGAUGCCUUUUUCCCAUCAUGACCAAAGAUUGACGUACAAAAGAUUUUAUAAAACGGAUGUUGUGAAAUGCUGGAUUGCACAAGUGCACUUUGAGAAACCGUGUACCUUAAUGGUUUCUCAAUGAUUAACAAGUCAUUGACCAGAGCUAAUACAGUGAUCUACAAAAGUAUGGGGACAGUGACACAUUUUUUUGUUGUGUAUUAAAAGUAGUCAAACGUUGAGUAUUUGAUCACAUAUUCCUAGUAUGCAAUAAUUACAUCAAGCUUCUGAAUCUACAAAGUUGUUGGAUGCAUUUGCUGUUUUGGUGGUUUCAUUUCUAUUGGUCACAAAAUAAUCAAUGAUAAAUAAUGUAUUGUCAUUUUGGAUGAACUUUUUUUGUGAAUAAGAAUAGAAUAUGUUUCUAAACACUUCUACAUUAAUGUGAAUUAGUGUUGGCAUGGUAUACCGGUACCACAGUAAUAUCACGGUACCAAAACAUCAUGAUACCAACAUUUAUAGAUUAUCGUUUCAUAUAAUACUAUCACAUUUUUCAGUCCUACCGAUCUAAGGCACCGGCGCCUUUUAUAAAAUGUGUAUCAAGUCAGUUUUGUUUAUAAAUUCUGUAAAAAAAUAAAUGCAACUAGUCUCUUGUAUGCGCUGGUCCAAUAAUGUCCACUUAACUUUCAUGCCAUAUCACGUGUAGUAGCUGUAAUCUGCCAGCCCAUCCCAUUCCAGCCAUCACUCACCUGUUUCAAAGAUUUUACUGAGUUACAGUUCAUAAAAGGAAAUCAGUCAAUUGAAAAAUUAAUUGGGCCCUAAUCUAUGGAUUUCACAUGACUGGGAAUACAGAUAUACAUCGAUUGGUCACAGAUACCUUUAAAAAAAAAAGGUAGGAGCGUGGAACAGAAAACCAGUCAGUAUCUGGUGUGACCACCAUUUGCCUUAUGCAGCACCACAUCUCCUUUGCAUAGAGUUUAUCAGGCUGAUGAUUGUGGCCUGUGGAAUGUUGUCCCACUCCUCUUCAAUGGCUGUGUGAAGUUGCUGGAUAUUGGUGGGAACUGGAACAUACUGUCGUACACGUUGAUCCAGAGCAUCCCAAACAUGCUCAAUGGGUGACCAUGUCUGGUGAGUAUGCAAGCCAUGGAAGAACUGACAUUUUCAGCUUCCAGGAAUUGUGUACAGAUCCUUGUGACAUGGGGCCAUGCGUUAUCAUGCAACAUGAGGUGAUGGCGGUGGAUGAAUGACACGACAAUGGGCCUAAAUCUCCUCACAGUAUCUGUGCAUUCACUUUGCCAUCGAUAAAAUGCAAUUGUGCUCGUUGUCCGUAGCUUAUGUAUACCGAUACCAUAACCCCACCGCCACCAUGGGGCACUCUGUUCACAACGUUGACAUCAGCAAACCGCUCGCCCACAUGACCCCAUACACGUGGUGUAAACAAAUUUGUGCACAACAUUUUUGAGAAAUAAGCUUUUUGUGCAUAUGGAACAUUUUUGGGAUCUUUUUUUCAGCUCACGAAACAUGGGACCAACACUUUACAUGUUGCGUUUAUAUUUCUUUCCCAGAGUAAUUUCACAAACCAUGUCGCGAGUCGUUUUAACCUGUUAAGGAAGUUGAGAAUUCAAGCAGCUUUUUGCAGCUUUUUGUUAAAAAUCGCGCAACAUUUCAGCGCCCUGCUAUUCAUGCCAGGAAUAUAGUAUAUGCAUAUGAUUAGUAUGUGUGGAUAGAAAACACUCAGACGUUUCUAAAACUGUUUAAAUCACGGCUCUGACUAUAACAGAAAUAACAGAACGUGCGUUUCAUCGAAAAGUGCAGGGAAAUCUGAUCACUGAAAAUGGAAAAAUAUAUCCUUCCGCGACUUCAAGGAAUUGUUCAAAGUGAACCGAAUUAAAUAGGGCCGAGGUUACAGUGCCUACAGCUUCCACACGAUGUCUAGAGUCUUGUCAUUUGAUUUAGUCAUUUGAUUCUUGGUCGAACCGAAUCAAGGGAACUCCUUCCCUCCGGUCUCCGACCGGAUGUUUUGAUCGAGCUCUCUUCGGACAUGUUUUAUACACGGACAGCUAAAGAAUUUACAUUGCCUCCUGAUGAAUUUUAUCGCUUAUUAACGUGUACUAAUACCUAAAGUUGCAUUACAAAAGUAUUUCGAAGUGUUUUGUGAAAGUUUAUCGUCGACUUUUUUAAUUUUUAAAAACAGACGUUACGUUAUGAAACGCUAUUUUUUUCAGUUUAUCACACAGUAUUCUUAGAUCGAUAUCUAGGCUAUAUAUGGACCGAUUUAAUCGAAAAAAGACCCUAAAUGAUGUUUAUGGGACAUCUAGGAGUGCCAAGAAAGAAGCUCGUCAAAGGUAAUGAAUGUUUUAUAUUUUAUUUCAGCGUUUUUGGUUUGCGCCGGCUAACGCAAAAUCUGUCGUGUUAGGUGACGUUGCAGUAUUUUGAGGGUGCAUGGUAUCAGAUAAUAGCUUCUCAUGCUUUCGCCGAAAAGCAUUUUACAAAUCUGACACGGUGGAUAGAUUCACAACGAGUGUAGCUUUAAUUCAGUAUAUUGUAUGUCAAUUUUAAUGAAAGUUUGAGGUUUAUCAACCUCUAUAGGUGGCGCUCUUUAACAUUUCCGCUGAUUGUGGUUCCCACCUCGGUACCACGUCCUUAAACUAAUCCCAGGACGCUUAUUAUUGUUUUGAUAACAAACAAUGUUGUUCAAAUUUGAUUGGCACAGGAAAAAAGGCCUGGUAUGGUUGGUAUCAUGGUAGCAUCCACAUGAAUGUUGAAAUAUACUUAUGUCCUUAUUUACAAUAAAAGUGACACCAAAAUGACAUUAAUUUCUAUUGGGCACAAAAUAAUCUGAAACACAAACAAAACAAACAGCAAAUGUAUCCAACUUGAUGUAAUCAUUGUGUGCUAGGAAUAUGGGACCAAAUACUCAACUUUUGACUAUAAUACACCAUAAGUGAAUUUGUCCCAAUAUUUUUGGUCCCCUAAAAUGGGGGGACUAUGUACAAAAAGUGCUGUAAUUUCUAAAUGGUUUGCCCAAAAUUUAUGAAAAUACCCUCAAAUUAAAGUUGACAGUCUGCUCUUUAACAUCAGUUUAACAUAGUUUAAUUUAAAAUAAAGUGCUGUGUAAGUGUUGGUGCUCACUGUGUAUCCGAUAUGAAUAAAUCAGUGAUUCAUGGCUUCAUUAAUUCAUUGCUUGAGUCUGGGCACUUAAAGGAGAACUCCACUUACUAUCUUUGGGUCUUUUUUUCAUUAGUCCACUGUUGAUUCAAUCACAACAUGUUUUGCAUGUUAGCAGUCAAGUUUAAAAGAUAUUGGAUUUCAAGAAGCCAAGUGUUACCAGCCACAUCACAAAACGCAUCAUCAUCAUGAUGCGGCCGGCGAUACUUUGCUUGAACUUGACUGCUGACAUGUAAAACAUUUUGGGACUGUAUCAACCGUUGAUUAUUGGGGAAAAUACCAAAAGAUAGUUUGAGUGGAGUUCCCCUCAAGUGACAAUCAAGAUAGUGUGGCCCACAACGUUUUUGUCAAAUUGCUAAGCAAAUCCAAUGUAUAGGUAAUUGCUUUGAGUUGACUUAAUUGGAUCCAAAGAUGUAUCACCAUCUGUAAAGAUGGGUUGCCACUGCUUAUAGUCCAUGUUGUAACGCACCUACAGUAAGUAGUUGUCAAUGGUUUAAGCGGAGCUGGGGGUCUCCUUGCCCCCCAGCUCCGCUUAAACCAUUGACAACUACUUACCGUUUAAGGGAUUGCUCUUCAAGAGCACAGUCAGAACUACAAAUGUCAGAUUAUUCCAUGUAAAACAAUUGUGCACAUUUAGCUCUAUCAUCGGUGUUAAAGUAACUGUAGGCUUUUCAUGCUCAGUAAACAUUGAUCAUGUCAUUUGAAUUGCAUAUACUCGAUGGUAGUGAUGGGUUCUGAUUUCUUAACUGUUGGAAUCAUGAAAUAUACUUAUUAAUUUCACUGAGGGAGAGAGGGUAAUGUAUAACGUUUACAUUAUGUCAGGAUAUGUUAUUGUUAGCCAUCAGGGAUCCUAUGGGAGGAGAAGAGACAGUCUGAGAAAUAUAUAUAUAUAGAUAGAUAUAUAUACAUACAUACACACAACUAAUCUUCUGGAUAGCAACAGAAGUGUAUUGGCUGUUCAGAUGUGUAAGGGGCUCAGCAUAGGAGAAAAGGGUUAAAUAUCAGUGCUUGUGAGAAUCUAUUAUUUGUUUGUUCAGCUGUUCGAUCCUUUGGGGUGAAUAAACUUGGUUGGAGCUUU